AAGCCGUUGGCUACUCUCGACUUUCUCUUUCAACGACAUCGGAGAUACAAAGAGGUGGAGUGAAGGCGCUCGCAAAUUCCCAACAGCACUUGGCUCACUGUUGCCGGAGCGGCUGGAGUCCCUGCAGGAAACUUCUGCUCCCCCUCCGAGGUUCGUUCGAGUCUUCUAAAACACCCGCUCAGAAGAUGGUACGGCUACAACGUUGCAUAGCAUCGGUGAUGCUAACCAUUGCUGCACUUCCAAGAAUCGUCCAUCCAUUAGCUGAUGAGAGAGAGACAUGGGAUGCUGGUGGUGAGCAACAACUAACGGAUGAAUCUACUUUUCAAAAUGUGACGGAGGAGGGCAUCCAUUUCUAUACAACUGACAACUUGUCUUUAGUUAUGGAUUGUAUAACAGCCAUGAGUAAAACUCGAAAAGAGGAACUGUUUUCGUCUCAAAAGAGGAAAGUUCACUUUAACUGUGAAACUAAGAAUGGAAUUGCCCACUUCCGUUCUCGUAGAGCUGCGGAGUCUGAGGAUUUACUACAAAGAGAUGGUAGUUCACAUGACUUAACAAACAUCAAACAGCUAAUCUGGGGUUCUCAAAUAUCAAUGGGUAAAGAAAUAAAUCCCCGUAAAGUUUCAGAUUCAGAUUCAGAAUCAAAAGAGGUACGUAUUCAUUUUAACAUGAAUGAAACAGGAAGUCUAAACCCAGUACCAGAUCUGACAGAGGAAGAAGGAAGUGCAACUGUACACAAGCAAGAACUAACGAGUACAGCACCAACUGAUCCCACUUUUCAGCCUCUGGUUUCACCCUCAAAGAUUGUUGAAAUAAAACGAGCUCUACCAAAGCGAAAUGUGAAACUGGUCAACAAUAAUUUACAUGUCUCAAACAAUCCUUCUACAAGGCAAGUUGAAGCACGUGAGGUCAAAACGCCCCAUCAAAUUCCAAAUGUAAAAGUUCCCAUUUCUACUGCGUAUGGAAACAGUGGGAUAUAUGCAAGAGAACAUGGUGGUCAUGGUCACUCAUCAGGAUAUGGACAUUCUUCAGAUCAUGGACAUUCUUCGGGCUAUGACCAUUCUUCAGGGCAUGAAAUCUCAUCAGGAUAUGGCCAUUCAUCAGGAUAUGGAAAAGGACCUAAAUAUAAGCCAACAGAUUACAAGGGGCCAGCGUAUGGCCCAUAUGACUUUUUACCUGAGGGUAAAGCUAAAUUUAGCAAAAAGGUUAAGUAUGGUGAUGAUCCGGUGAAGGAGUCCCAAAAAGCCAAGUACAACGAUCAUUACGAUGAUAAACCUACAGCACACUUCGGUGGAUUUGGUGGUGGAGGAAGUGUUGGAUAUGGACAUGAUCAUGGAGGUGGGGGGUACGGGUCCAGUCAUGGAGGAGGUGGAUAUGAAGGACAUGGUCACGGAGGCGGUGGAUACGGACACGAUCAUGGAGGCAGUGGUUAUGGAAAAGAUCAUGGGCCAGGGUAUAAAGAUGAUCAAGGAGGCAAAGGAUAUGAUAAUGAUCAUGGAAGUGGAGGACAUGGAAACAACCACGGGGCUGGUGGAUAUGGACAUGAAAUUAGCAGUAGCUAUGGAUCAGAAUAUAAGACACCUGAAUCAAGUUAUUCAUCAGAAAUAUCUUACCACGCACCAUCAUCUUAUGACACUGCUUCUCCAAGUUAUUCAGCACCAACACCAUCUUAUGCAGCGUUAGCUUAUUCAGACCCUAAACCAGCUGCUUUAUAUCAAGAACCUGAACCAUCUUAUUCACCACCUACGCCCACAUAUCCUUCUCCAGCACCUGCACCAUCUUAUGUAGCACCAGAGCCUUCCUAUUCACCACCAGCACCGACAUAUUCAGCCCCAGUUCAUUCUUAUGAAGCACAAGCUCCUACAUAUGAAGCACCUGCUCCUACAUAUGAAGCACCAGUGCCCUCAUAUGAAGCACCAGUGCCUUCAUAUGAAGCACCUGCCACAACGUAUGAAGCGCCAACUUCCGGUUAUGGAGGUCCAACAUCUUCAAACAAUCAAUAUGAACAUCUAGAUGACCCAUACAAUACUUACAAUCCGCAUGAUGAUGUCACAUUACCAGAGGGUGGAACUUCCAGUUAUUCAAGAGAAGGUACACAUGGAGCCACUGACCAAAGUUCUCAUGAUUUCUCGUCUGGCACAAGGCAUGAGACUGGACGUUUAGAAUCAUCCCCGACAGUUUUAUCAAGGCUGGAAUCGAAAGAAAUUAGUAAUGGCACCAACUGGGAACAUUUCCACUUCUCUUCUGAAUAUCCAAUGUUCCUGAAACCUAGAGGACUCCAGCCUUUUGAUGAUUUAUUUAGUGAUGUAUCCAGAGGAUUUCGUGACAAAAAAAACAGAGCCAAACGCUAAGCAGAAUGAGAGAAAACAGAUCCCAGACAUAUGUCAUACCAAGAAGUAUAUUCUAACAUUAGUAUACUAUGCUUUUUUGCCCAUUUUCUUUAAUUUCACUGAGUAUACUGUGAAAUUGUAUCACUUUUAAAUGGAAAAGAUAUUGUUGUUCUAGUCUUAUGCUGAGAUUUGACAGUGUGUGAAAUUCGGCUGGUCCGAUGACAUUAGUGAUAAGAUAUACGUUGUUUUUUUUAAGUAUCACUAAAAAGAUUAAAAUUAUACUUGUGACAUUUCAAGUCCUAAAGGACACUGACUUGAUUGAUAACAGUGAUACACUCAUCAUGUAUCUUCAUCAUCUCCUUUUUUUAUUUAAGGUGCUGUCGCAUGGCACCUAUGCUUAGGUACAGUCAGUUAAUUUUUUGUGAUACAGCAAGACAAGCUACUAUGAACGAAAACAUUUUAUAUUAAUAACUGGAACAAGAUAUUAUGUAUCAUGCAGGUAGUCCUUUUCAAGACAAUAUCUAUAAAUGCAAAUCUCUCUUUCUAUGCACAAAAAUAUUAUGGAUAGACAGAAAGAUAAAACUUAUUGUAUUUUAAGAAAUGUAGCAUGUAAAAUAAGUUGUCUUGUUACCUGAAUAAAACUACUAGUCAUUAGAGAG